AUGAAGAGGAAAAGGUUUCUGCUGAUGAUGCGUGAAGGUUUUCUACUGUCCUGCCUUCUGCUGCUGUUGCUUGACAGGUGUUUUGAUGCAGCAUGUCCCUCGGUUUGCUCCUGCAGUGAGAGCUUUAGAGAGGUUGAUUGCUCCUGGAGAGGCCUGAGACACCUUCCUAGUGGCAUCCAGUUUAACAUACACUUCCUUAACCUGUCUCACAACCGUCUAACUGACCUGGACCAUGCCCUGGCUCCCUUCACCCACCUCCGCAAUUUGGACAUCUCUCACAACCGGCUUUCCCGUAUGCCUGCCUUACUGCCACGCUCACUGUGGGAGAUUCAGGCCUCUGGAAACCGCAUACGCCUCCUGGAAAAGAAUGCCACUGCCUACCAUUGGAACUUACGCCAUUUGGACCUGUCGGCCAACAGGCUGGAGCGUGUUGUGUUCAUCAACAACACACUUACUGAACUGCAGGCACUCAACCUCAGCUGCAACAAAUUCUGGACUGUGCCCACCAACAUGCCAAGAAACUUGGAGAUGAUAGAUCUGUCCCAUAACUCGCUAGUACAGAUCCUGCCUGGCUCACUGGACCGCCUGCCUAAGCUGACGCGCAUUUACCUACAUGCCAACCGCUUCUCGACUGUUUGCAAGGGUGCUUUUGAACAGCUACAUGAAUUGAAGCUGAUAACACUGGGAGACAACCCUUGGGCCUGUGAUGAACCUGCAAACAUUGAGGAUCUUCUGGACUGGACCAGGUACACUUCAGCUCGAGUUCUAGGUUGUCCAUGCCACACCUGGCCAACCUGUGGACAGGCACAGCUGGCAAGAACAACUGGCUGGCACUUUUCCUCCUACACUCUCUCCCCAUAUAGAACAACUAGUUGGGAAGUCAGUCACCAAUCUGGUGUCACUACUCACUAUCGGCCAGAAGAAGGAAGUAACAAAAAGGACGUUUUGUCCAGUUCAACAAGCCUGUCUGGUGCAUCAACAGAAAUGCCUUUUACUGAGGAUUUCCUCACUUCCAGUACAGUAUUAACCACAACCACACGCAGGACAACCACUCUUCGUACCAGAAGCGUCAAGAGAAACAAUCAGAGGCUGGGUAAAAAUUCAAGCGAAAAGUAUUACGCCUGUGCGUCCACAGUCUUACUGAAUUUACUUUUGCUUGUAAUCACUGACCAAGUCUUGUGAGACGCUUCGGUAUGGUGUUUGUGAAACACACCUGAUCUUAGUUACCAGGCUCUGCAUUUAGAAUAACCCUUAUGCUUUGUAACAUGACAUGAUAUUAAUCUGCUGACAA